ACGCGCAGCAGCAGCUGCCGACCAACUAACAUCUCGAGCUGUCAUACCGUACUAAUUUUUUUCUUCACUAAAUUUCUUCGAUAUUGUUAUUGCUUUAUUUUGUUGCGUGAAAAGUUAAGAUUAUCAGUAGGCUGCAACAAAUCGUCCGGUUAGGUUGACACGAAUGAUACGUGGAUUUCGGUCGAAGCAUCGUUCCUAACAAUCCUAACAAUCGCCUAGUAUCCCCAGGGCAGAAUCGGAAUGUUUGGUGCGACGAUUGUAACGUUGGGGAAAAAAAAUGUUCCUUUGACGCGGGCCAACUUUGUCGUUGAACAAUAGUCUUACUUUUAUUGUUUUUGUCAGUUUUCUGUUAUUAAAUCAAUUUGUGACACGAUUUCGAAGUGAUUUUUUUUUCGUAACGACCGUGUUAAACGCAUAUUCUCUAUGGAUGAAGCGAAAUACUAUAUGCGACCCCCGCACCAUGCAAAUGGCGAAGGACUCGCGAUGGAUGCCAAUGGAAACGGAAAACGUGUAGAACCGAGCUUACAAUUUCAUCAUCCAAGACAGGAUUCUGAUGAAGAACGAGAAUCCACUGACCUGGACUUUGUGUACGACGAUGCUGAUAAUCAUGUGAACGAGAUUGCAGAGUUGUAUAGCUAUACGGAGCAAUAUGAGCUCCAGUUAAAUGUCAAAGCUUUUGAGGAUCUGAUGGAGGGGUACAAACUUCGUGCUUCGUGGCAAAAUUUUUCAGUAUCUCAGCAAAAAGCAGUGAUAAAUAAAUUAUUGGAUCAGCUAGAAGUAUCAAAUAAACAUAUGAGAAUGAAGGCAGCUAGAUGUAUUCUCUAUAUAGCCCAAGGCUGCUGGGCUGAAGUACAAUCUGACAGAGAGCAACAGGAAUGGACUAAAACUAACGUCAUGCUUCUUUACGAAGCUGGGGUCUUUCCAGCUUUCGUCGAAUUGCUCAAUAUCGAGAUGGAAAACAAUACCGCUGCUACAUCCGCAAUGAGAAAAUUGGCCGUGAGUCUGGCGGAUUCUGUGGAUCUUCGAAUAAUUCUAUCCGUUCUAUAUAUUAUAACGGAAGUGAUGAGAGAAGAAAUGAUACAUCAUGAGACAAGUCCUUACAAGAAUAAUAUCGAAUCUUUUAAGGAGGAACUCGUGAAUCCUUACGGACAAGAUUUACUUAUUGUAAAACUGUUGAGCAUGGUGACUUGCUUCUGUAGCGGUUUUGCCCCACAUUUUCCUAUGAAGAAGGUACUCCUUCUCCUAUGGAAACUCAUACUAGUAUCACUCGGUGGUAUCAAUGAACUUCGACAAUUGAAGAAACUCUAUCGAGAAGAGGCAAAUUUAGAUACGGAACAGGAAGAUACGAUAGAGACCGCAAAAACGAUGAGGGCAAGCUCACCACCUUGGAGCGCUGGUGAUUUGUUGGACUCGCAGAAUCCAAAGAGAAACAUCAAAUCUUUCAGACGUCAAGGUCUCAUAAAGCAAAGCUCUCUCGAUGAGCCGGGCUUGGCAAUGGAGCUUGAAGGAGUUGAGAACAGUGAACAAGAAAGCAGUGCAAACGAGAGCGAGUAUUUCUCGAAACCAAUAGUCUUCCACAACGAUGUAAAUCCACAAUGCCGUAAUCGCGCGCGCCCAGCAAAGUUCAAACCGAGGCCAAGACCUCCACCACCUAACGUGGGAAAAAGUUUACCUUGGACCCCGAAAGUCAGACAAAAGGACGUCGAUACUUUUCUUGACGUUUCGAGAUUGAAAUUCGUUGGGUAUAAAUUGAACAAUGACAGCGAGAGUUUGGCUGGUUUGCCUCAGCCCAUACAUGAGGGUGUCAAUACGUUGAAACGCCACAUGUACACAUCACUGGCGGAAGUUCAAAUUCAAAAAGAGGAGGAGAUCGUUAGGAACCCAAUGAGCACACCCGAACCUCCGCUUCGACAGACCCCCACCGAAGUUUUGUAUCAAGCGAUUCUGUCGAAUCUUCCACAAUACAUGAUAGCGUUAUUGAAAAUUCUUCUCGCAGCUGCACCCACGAGUAAAGCUAAAACUGACAGUAUCAAUAUUUUGGCAGAUGUGCUGCCAGAAGAGAUGCCAAUGACUGUUCUGCAAUCGAUGAAACUUGGAAUCGACGUGAAUCGUCAUAAGGAAAUCAUAGUAAAAGCCGUAUCGGCUAUAUUGCUUCUCUUACUCAAACACUUUAAGCUAAAUCAUAUUUACCAAUUCGAAUUUAUGUCGCAACAUUUGGUAUUCGCGAAUUGCAUACCGCUGGUUCUCAAGUUUCUUAAUCAAAAUAUCCUGGCAUACAUUGAAGCUAAAAAUGUCAUUCCUCUGUUGGAUUUUCCAAUUUGCGUAAUCGGUGACCAGCCAGAACUAACGAUAGAGAGCCUCGAGAUCGGUGACAGUCAAAUUUAUUCAUGGCGAAAUGUAUUUUCGUGCAUCAAUCUACUGAGAAUUCUCAACAAACUGACUAAGUGGAAGCACAGCAGAAUAAUGAUGCUCGUAGUUUUCAAGUCAGCUCCGAUUUUGAAGCGUACCUUGAAAGUCAGACACGCCAUGAUGCAGUUGUACGUGCUCAAGCUUUUGAAAAUGCAGACAAAGUAUCUCGGGCGUCAAUGGAGGAAGACAAAUAUGAAAACGAUCAGCGUUAUUUAUGCAAAGGUUCGCCAUCGAUUGAACGACGAUUGGGCCUAUGGCAACGAUCUGGAGGCAAGACCUUGGGAUUUUCAAGCGGAAGAAUGUGCAUUGCGAGCGUGCGUCGAUCAAUUUAACAACCGACGUUACUUGAUGACAAACAGGGACGAGCAGCUGGAACCUGUUGAUACCUCGGUGACUUCGGUGCUCGGUGUCGAUGUCGAAUUGACCGAUGAAUUCAAGCAACAUUACGAACUUUGGUUGCAGCAAGAAGUGUUCCAAACGACAAUAGACUGGGACAAAUUGUUAGAAUCGGAAAACUGUGAGAUUUAACAGAAUGAUAUCGUCCGUUAGUGCCGCUGUCAUUGAUUCUCUCGUCAAACGGAGAUGGGCGUUAUUGAUUAUUGUUAAAAGUUUUCGUCUUUUCGCACUUGCAAUAAUUUGUUUGAUAACGAUUUUAAAGUAUUCCCAGAGCGCGUACGAUUGAGUUUGAAUAAUUAUAACACCGCAAACAGAAAUCAUAAUUUAAUGAGAAUUGCAAUUAUUUCCUUUUGUUUCAUAAUCACAUAGGCGCAUCUCCGUUCACAAGAGACACUCGAUUAAAUCAUGUUUCAUAUACAACCGCUCCUGUUUGUCGUUACUCAGCGGAGACGCAGUUUAACAAGGUGAACGGAGACGAAUCAUAAUCAUUUUAAAAUACCUCCAACUCGUGUUGAUUUUCUUCAAAAUAUUCUCAAGAUUUAAUGGAGUAAUGAAAGUGACGAAAAACUUUAGCAACAAAAAGCGCGUGACUCGACAUUCGUGAAUUUAUACGAAAACCGCGCCGGGAAUCGUGAGACUUGUCUCAGUUCAGAUUUUGGGUGUCGAAUCGCUGCUAAUCGAUACAAUUUAUGGAUUCGUUCCAACUUUGAAAUUUGCUUUUUCUUUUUAAAUCGAGAUUCGGGGAAAUCGUUUAUCAAAGGAAUCCACAAUAUACAUGCUAUUCGUAACAAUCGUGUAAUUUGAUGAUGAGUCGUGGGUUACUCAACGAUGUUCACCGAUGCAUAAACUCAGCCAUGGUCUGGAGAUUCGGCAUAAAUAACAACGUGUACCAUUUUUUUAAUACUUGUAAAUCGACUUUGAAUUCUUAUUAGAUAUAUCGCAUUCAUUCGUAUAACGAAGCAGGAGAUUUUUUUAAAUGUACAUUAUACCUCCGCCCACGCGUUUUAUUAGUCCUGACAAAUGUCUAUAUAAGUUAAUCGCUGUAUUCAAUAAACCACCAAUCGAAA